GUCUGUGUGCUUUGAAGUUCUGGUUCAGAAUGAUUCGAGUUCUGAACGUGAUGAAAAUAUCGAAGUAUGACACAUUAAUGUGACGUAAUAAAGUGGUAUUAUUUAAAAAGUAAAAAAAAAGUUUAAUAAAGAUAUUAAAUAAUUAUUGAAUAUGGCGGAUAAAAUAAAAGCAUACUUUCAAAAGAAGAAGAAGAAUGCAAAAUUUAUGAAUGCUGGGAAAGGACAUAAAUUAUCAGAUUCAACCACUGUCGUUCAACAUCCAGUAAGAGAACCAAUAAAAAGAGAAGAACCUACAGAAGAAGCUAAAGUAGCAGGUCAAGCUGCUUUAGCAAGAUUAGAAGCAAAACAAAAUGUAUCCAAAUAUAACAGACCAUAUGCAGCUAUUAGAGCGCAAGUACAACGUGAAUUGGAACAAGAAAAAAGAGCACAACAAAUUGUACAACAGAAUGAUAAGAAAACGCAACAAAGAUCUGAGGAAUCAGUAAAGGAUGAAUCAUCUCUAGCUGUUGCCGAUGUAUAUUUUCGUUGUCCGUACUUAUCUAAUGAAAUAUUACCAAAAGACGAAUGGAAGAUAAAGAUAAGAACGUUUUUGUAUGAGCAACUAAAAGGAGAAGAAGCUGGUCUCACAGCAUGUUUAGUUAUACAGAAUUGCAAUCCUAGAAAGGAAAAAAUUGAAAAUUGCGUGGAGACACUGUCAAAAUAUUUGGAAAACAUCAUAAAUAAUCCAGAAAUAGAAAAAUAUAGACGAAUCAGAAUGCAGAAUAAAAUAUUCCAAGAGAAAGUACGUCCUAUAGAUGGCGCAAUGGACUUCUUACAUGCUGCUGGCUUUCGGGAGACGACGUUAUUGCAUAAUGACGUAGAGGAGGACUUCUUGUUAUGGAGUCCAGAGAAUUGUGACAUCGAAAACCUUACUAUGUUAUUAGAUUCAUUAAAAUCUGCAGAAACUAUUCCACUCGAGCUAGAUAGAAAUCUCCAAGUAUUGAUGCCUGUGCAAGCAAGUCAGAAAUACGAAUUGCCAACAAGUUUUUUUCAUAUUACUCCAGAGGAAUUAAAACGGGAACAACAACUGCGAACUGAAGCAUUUGAAAGAAGCCAAAUGCUAAUGACAAAGGCUAUGAGAGAAAGGGAAGGGAAACAGCGUCUUCGAAUGUAUAAAUACUCGUUGCUUCGCAUCAAAUUUCCAGAUAAUAUUAUUUUACAGGGAACAUUUUUCGUAUAUGAAAAGUUUAAAACUGUAUUUGAUUUUGUUAGUGAAAGCAUAGCAAAUAAUGAGAUACCAUUUUGUUUGAAAAUGAUGACUGGCAAAACAUUUGACGAAACAUGCUUCGAUAAGACUUUAUUGGAACUGGAAUUGUUUCCCUCUGUUACUUUAAUGUUUGUUCCUACAAAUAAUGCAAAGCUAAAUGAUUCUAUAGGAUAUUUGAAAGAAGAAUUACUUUCCCUUGUGCAAUCUUAAAAUCAAAUUAAAUAAAAACAUUAUUUUAUGAGUAAAUCUAAUUUCCUUAGACAUAAUACGAAUUAUUACGAAAUUGAAUUAAUAGCUUUAUUACAAUAUCUUUAAUCAUUCCGAUUGUUGAACAGGUACAUGUGAAGAUAUUCAAAAUUGAUUGAAAUAGUUUUACAUAAAUGUAAUAUACAUACAUAGUUUAUCCGGUUGAUCUACAAGGAAAAAUUAUAUACAGUUAUUAAUCAUACAUACAUGUAUUUAAACAAUUGCAAAAAACUGAAAUAAACAUAUAUCAAUAAAUACAAA